AUGCCAAAUCGCAGUGCUAUAACGGCAGAGGGGCCGCACAUGCCCUCCGAAUCCACUGCGAUUAGCUUUGCCCCACAAAUGCCACCCGUAUCCGAAGAUACCAUCUACAAUGUCGAUCUAGACAAUAUAGAUUGUACUUCUACCUACACAGCUUUGUCGUACUUUAUCAAGGAAUGGAAACGAGCCGGAGGUCGUAAUCCUACCUUCAUUCCAAAGGCAGUCAUUGCCAAGUUGUUUCAUACACUCGAACAAAAGCAGGUGGACAUUUCGUCUGUGGACAGCGUUCCGUAUGAUGCCGAAGAUUUGCACGAAUGUCUUGUACUGCUAGCAAGAAUACAAAAUAAGGGAGCUGCCCAAGGAGGGGACGAACGGAACUUUUCUAUCUUGGAAUUGGUAGAAGAUACUUUGGUGGACCGGAAGCACAAGCAUCACUUGUACGACAUUGGGGAAUACGUCGAAGUGCUCGGGCCUUCCAUGAUUUGGCGGUUGGAACAAAUUAAAAAUGUUCUCAAAACCUACGAUCUCGAUGGUGAAACUCCAAUUUAUAUUUACGAAACGGCAGUCGAUCACGAACUGAAAGAAGAUGAAAUACGAUGGCCCAAGGAAGCCUUGGUUCGCAUCUUUGGCUAUGGUCCCUGGAUCUGGCAAGAAUGGGCUUGUCUGCGAUUGGAAAAUAAGCUUUCUUUCUGCAAAGGCCUCAAUACAGACUUUGAAUUCUUUGAUAUAUCUGGAUACGUCAAGGAACUCUGGAAUGUUUGGUUCAUGGACGAUCGCAAUCAAACUUUUCGGGAUCUCUUUGAUCGAGUGGGGGAAUCCGGUCAAGAACAACUACUGCGUCAUAUUAUGGCGCCUUUUGAUCUCAUGGAGGAUGUGAUUUCCAACAAGGAUGAUCGUUGGGAUAUCGAAGAUGCUGGAGUCAGUAUCUUUACCUACGUUUCCUUGCUCGGAUCUGGAUUCUUGGAUGGAUUCGUUGUGUUUCUGCUUCAGUUGUGCAUGCCAAUCUUUUUGUUUUCUUACUACAAUAGUUUGAACGAAGAUGAGAAAAUUGCUGUUGGAACGAGAGAAAUGCUCUUUGCCGUUCUGGCGUACUAUUUGUUCAAGGUGUCGCGAGAUGUAUGGGCCAACUUUCGACGAGUAGUGGGCAUCUCAGAAGAAGUCUACUCCAAGAUUCAAAGUCUCCGAAAAAAUGUAUGGGACAAUGGAAAUGAUAGUUUCGCACAAAGUCUGGGGUUCACUUUUGAUCAAUUCAUGAAUACGGGCUACAUUUGCUACUUGUAUCUCUUCAACAUGUGGAUUCUAUUCAAUGUUACCGACCCAUUUGAGAUUCUGGGAUCCGUCAUUUUCUUUGAGUUUCUCUUUGAUCUGGACGAAGAACUGGCAAACUCGAUUUGGUUUGAUCGAGGAAGUCGCUUUCUAAAGGCUGGACUAGUCGGGUUGAUUCUGCAGCAAACGGUCCAACAAGAGAACUCGCACACAAGAGACACCUACAUGGAAAAGGUUUUCAAGGAGAGCUCCAUGACUAAGAGCGAGAUGAAAGGACUCAUGAAACGAUGCGAGGAUGCCAAGAUUCCGGAUGGUCCCGCAUUUUUGGGAACCAAUGAACCCGAUGAGACUAUUCAACUAUUGGUUAUGGAAGAAAGAGUUACCCAACUGCGAAGUAUGGACAGCAAGACUUCUGUUAAGCGCAUUGACGAAACAAAACCACGGGUCUAUUUCUCAGGUUUCUUUGCUUCGGAUAGUCCCAUGUUUGAGAGACACGCCAAGCUUCGAGCUUGGACUCAAUGGGAAAAGCUUUUGUUCCUUUUCGAAACUCCUACCCUCGUUCCAGACGAUUACGAAGCUGGCACAAAAAUAGUAUUUGAUGAGCUUGAUACGAGACUUACUGUUCUUUCCGAAGAUCGGCUAUGGGAUGCGCUUGGUGUGAGUAGAGGCCGACGUUUUUGGCGCGGUGUGUUUGAUGUUCUUGCGUUUCGAGGGUUCCGAGGAAGAGACUUUGGCCCCACCAGACAUUGGCGUACCUGGAGGUUCUUUUUUACCCGUCUCGUUCAUGCCUUUUUGAGCUGGACUUCGCAUAUGAUUCAGCUAUUGUUCCCAUUUUUGACAUUUGCAGCACUGAUCAUGGUCUUUCUGGAAGACCCAAGAACUGGGGAAAAUGUCUACUGCUAUCUGCAUCAAGGAGAUUGUGAAUUUGAACGAGAAAACUACUUCCAGCCAUAA